ACGCAGCCUAGGCGGGGGAAAGUAUUAGUUGUAGUGCCGCAAACCUCAGAGAAGCAUUGCGCCAGGGGACUAACAAGGUUGCGUCGGACUUAGUUUUAAGAAGUGAAACAGCCUUUUCUAGUUGCCAUCGUGAUUUUCUGUGUUGCUCUGGAUGCCUUAUACUAAAAAAACAUAAGAUUUGAUCAUUAGCAUGCAUUACUGUGCCUUUACUUGGAGUUACAGCUUGAUCUUCUACUGUUAUCUAAUUUAACCAACGUUUUCACUUAGUUAGACGUAGUUGUACAGAUAGGCGACAUAUACACUUGAAUAGAACAACUGUCAUUACUAGCUGUUUAUUAAAUAAUUUAAUUUCAUGCUACUUUGGAUUUCAGAAUUUUCUUACCGCGGGAGGUAACCUGAGUCACGGCCGAACUGUUCAUGAUGUUUGAAGUCCUCUGCUUGAUGUUACUGCUUCCUUUACUGGCUCAAGGGGACAAAGACACUGAGUGCACGGCAACAGAUGGGAACCACUUAAAAUGCAAAUUCCCAGAAAAUAUCAACUCCACUAGAAAAGACUUUUCUGUAUAUUUUUAUCCCGACACUGGAGGAGAAGAGAAGGUGGUGGACUGUGUAUGGAUCAGCGAGCAGCUCCACUGUAUCAGACAGGAGGGCUUUGAGUGUCAGCAGCCUGUGUCAGACAAAGCUGUCAUUGAUGUCCCCACAAGAUUUGUCAACAAAACUGGAAGCUACAGGUGUAACACUAACGGCUACAGGCCUGCAGUUAUUUCAUCCUGUCGUUUUUCUAAAAUUCAAGGUCAAGAGCAAACAGCAGCUUGUGAGGCGGACACAACUAUGGGUGGUCCUCUAGUGAAUUUGAACUGCAGAUUUUCUUUCAACGUGGACAGCUUUAGUAUCACACAGAACACAACUGUUGUAGCCCAUUUCACUAAGUCAGAGUGUGAAAGCUCAUCCGCGGCGUGUCGUCACGUGCCUGGUGACAGCCAAGACAUAUUCCAUGUGAAGCUGGAUGUUACCGGCUAUCCAGCUGGUGAAUAUAUCUGUCACCCGGACUCGUCUUUGCCACAGUUGCAAGUCAAAGGGUGCAUGGUAUCUGAAGAAUCAGAAACAGAAGGCCCGUCAGUGCCUGUGGUUGCAGUGGUCUUGCCAGUCAUUUGUGUCCUGUCUGUCGUAUCAGUAGUGGGCAUCCUUUUCAUCAUCAGGAAACGAAGGGAAAAAACUUGUAAAACGAAUGAGGAUGCAGAAAAAGAAGCUGAGCAUUUUGAAGUUGUCACGUGACAUGGACCGCUGUCUUCGUCGAAUCAGCAGUGAUGCUUUGAUAUCAAUGAAGUACAAUCGGACUACAUCAUCGUUUGAUUUCGUCAAGAUGUCUGUCUUUAUAUCUUGGACACAGAACUCUUUUGGAGACAUUUGGAUUAAACACACUGUAGCAAAGGGUUAAAAGACCUAUUUGUGACAUUUUUCAUCUUUGUCCAUUUACUAUAACAGUUUUGAUACAUUGCAUUUAUCUUGAUGACCUUAACGUACAGGUUUAAAAAUAGUGGCAUCUUCUAAUGAUAAAGUAUCUUUGACUAUUUAUGGAUUUCAAUGUUUCUAGUAGUGAGUGGAAACAGACCGCUAUUCUAGGCUUCGUGCUGGUCGUUUUUGUUUUGCGGCAGCAAUGUCUUGAUAAUUUAACGACCACACGGACAACACACACCUGUUACUUUAUUGUGGUAAAUUUAACACUGUUUUCUCAAGUAAGAGUUUUUUCGAUGAGCACAAGAAACUCAACAUGGCUACUAGUUUUAUGACUAAAGAGGUUUUAUUUUUGUUCCAUUCAAGAUGACGUCUUAUGUACAUCAGCAGUUUCUUUAAUUUCUUUUCCUUUGAGAUCGUCUAUUGAGCAAAAAUUAAAAAAACCCCAAUGAUUUCUACAACAAAAGAAAAGGUUUAAACCGAACUCCAAGGAAGAGAAAACUUCAUCACUGCUAACAAAGUUUUCUUAUUUCGAUUUCAAGAAAGAAAGCUUACAAGUAGCAUGAAAAAGCCUCGUUCUUGUUAUUUAUGAAGUAAUUAAAAGUGAUUUUAAAGAAAUGUGUAGUGACAAAGUAAAGGUCUUGUUGGUUGGAAUAUUUGAAACAUUGUAAUUUAGGUAACAUCUAAGUUUGAAGGUUUUCUCUGAUAUUAAUAACAGCCAUAUUUACAUCGAUCAAAGACACGAUUGAGCUAAUCGAAACACUGUUGUGUUUUUGUUACCCAGAUCGUGGCUUAUGAUGAAAUCUUUUUUAAAUUGUGACAAUAAAGACAAAAGGACCUGUCUCCAGAGAGAUUCAUGAUACUCUGACUUAAUUAAAACAUAGUAUCAAACAC